GUUCAUUAGUUUUACUCACUUGACCUUGCCCAAUUUUUCAUAGCGGCUGUGAAGCACGAGCUAAACUGGCAACAACAACAAUAUACACGAGCAGACAGGGCAUGACCUACCGGUCUGAGAGGCAUAGAUGAGAACGUAGAAGAAGCGCCAUAUUUAGUCUCUUGGCACGCCGAUCAGGUGAAAGUUGCGUGAGCCAAAAUGGAGGACCUCGCCACGGAGCAGCCGCUGCACCAGAACCGGGGCCAUCGCGCUGGAACAGCGCCAUUUGAGCUGCAAUGGGCGGCCUCCCCUUACUGGCCCGCAGCUCCUGUCGACUUCUGGGCGCAAUCGGCCACCGGACAGGGCUUUCCCGACUUCUCCGCCAGCUGCACCGAGGAGGCGGAGCCGUCGACGGUCAACAGCGGCGUCUCGGCCGGAGAGACCAACUGGAUGGGCAACCUGGUCCGGAUGCUGGUCUUUUCGGUGCUGCUCAUCGCGCUGCUGGUCGCGUCGCUGAUGCUGGGACGCACCAGCGCCUGGCUGGCCGAGCACGACGAGGCCACUGGUCAGCCGGCGGACCAGCAGCACUUGCCACCAUUGGCGGCGGGUGUGGCGUCGGGCAGGGGCGGCGUCGGAUCCUGGUUGCACGCGAAUGCGUCGCGGCCACUCGCAGCUGGCGCAAAUGACGACGCUCGAAGAAGACUUAGCUCUCACGAGGUGACCAAGAGGACAUCCAAAGAGGAAGUGGAAACGACAGAGGCUUUGACGAGCACGCCAGCGGAUAUGCCUCAUCAGGCUUCACGGCGGGCUAAGAGAGAGGAGUUUUGCGGGGCCUUCUACUUCGUGUUCUGCCAGUCCCCGAAGUAUGAGUUCUACUUCGAUGCAUCUCAAGGAGCAUGCGUCCCGGUAGCAGACCAGGAGGCGGCCGCCCUGUGUAACCGAGGGGCCAACAAGUUCACGUCACUGGCCAGCUGCGACGCCGCCUGCGGUACAAAUGCGAACACCGUGGAAUCAAAAUGCCACGAAGAUGUUCUGUUCACCGAAUGCAAGAGUGAGGACGUCGUGGGCCCACUCUGGUUCUUCAACGGCGAUCUGUGUCGACCGUGGAACUUCCCGGGCGGCCUCUGCCCGGCCGCGAACGACAGCAGGGGCAAUUUGUUCCCUACGUCUGAAGAGUGCCGGCGCUCCUGCCGCGAGCUCAGUUCACGCACCACCGGUUGUCGAGUCCCCAGGGAGGAGCGCUGCGCACCGGAAAGACUGAAACAGCCGUACUUUGCCCACAUGGCUGCGUCGGGUGUGGCCGAGCGAUGUGUGAAAGCCACGGCCAAGAACCUUGCCCGCCAUCUGUGCCUCUCUGGCAAGAACAGCUUCAGCGCACUGGAGGCUUGCAGAAAAGCUUGCGUGGGCAGCACUGGCGUGUGACGACAAUGCGUGGCGUGCCAGCGCUUCUCCAGAAUCCAUACACGGUUCUCUGACUCGGCUGCCCAAUCGCGCUGAUAAUUAUUAAAAAUUUGUCAUCCCCGCCCCUUUCCUGAGCAACUCUAUCCUAGCAGGUUUAUAUAUUGUAGAGCCAUGAACAACUGAUAAGCUAUUUUCUUCCACCAUGGUUGCUUGGUAAAAGAAUCGCGUCAUGGGGGCGGGUGUCCUCAUGGGACAUUUAUUGACGUGACCCGCUUUUUCUUACGUGCCGUUUCAUAAAACGUAUAACUCUGAAGAACAAAAAGACGAAUAAAUCCAAGAAAUAGGUUAUAUGUAGAUGGUAAUUUCAUUUUUCACUUAUGAACACAAUUGCCUUUGUGGGUAUGUGUCACAUCCAAAAAAGAAAAAGUGAACAUCAAUAACAAUGCUGCAAAAAAAAAAAAAAACAUUCGGCUAACAGAAAGGACACUAGACCAACGUGCCCCCGCGCCUUUCCUGCUAUGUCUUUUCUAUGUUCUGCUGUGUCGGUCUCUAUCAUAAAAAAAACACCUUGUAGACAUACUACUUCGCAUCGUUAAGGGUUUUCUCCGCCGACCAGUGAUGAAAACAGGUAGAUGACGAACAGUGUAAUGAAAUGCAUGUGCUAGCUCAACAUACCUCAAUGCGAUGUAGCCUUUGUAUUCGUCUGCGUUGCGCGGAAAGGUAAGGUAUGCAACUCCUACCUGCUCUAUCAACAUUGUGUACUACUAGCCUUAUGAAACAUUAAAAGGUGAAACCGUCUAUGCGUACAAGAACGGUUUCUAGGAGUGAUAAAGAUGGCGAAGUACGGAACACAGUAACAUGACAAGAGGUUCUUGAGUUAGAACGUGGCUCAAGGAACAAACGACAUACUAAACAGCGCCGCUGCUCAGUUCAUAUUUUUACUGACCGUCUUUCAGUGAGUUCGCAUACAAUGCAGCAAGGUGUUUAAACGUAAAUUGUCUCUAGCUUCUCAUUGAACAGCCUUCGAAAUGCAUCAAAAUCUUCGAAGUCGACGCCGAAGGAAACAAAUGUUUGUAUUUCGAGUCUCUUAAAACGGGGCUAUUAAAACAGUCAGAUACUGCUCUCGGAAAGUAACAACUGCAGCUAAGAAUCGUAAAGCUGUUCCUUUGAAGCGCUCGCCACGUAGCCUUCGAGUUCUGAAGAACAAUAACGGCACUCGGAAUGAGUGCGCUGAGACUCGCUCAAAUUCACCGGGCAACGGAAGCCCAACGUACACAAGCAUUGGUGCGAUUAGUGUAGAACGUGUGAGGUGACUACUGUACUUCGAUAGACCGGAGAAUAUCGGGCCGUUCUGACAACCGUAGCUAUGCACGCGACGCUUAUAUGCCUAGUCACGGUAACCGUCAUUGCUCAGGUACUGCCACAAGCCUCGAGUCUCCCUUUGCGGCCGGACAUAUUUAAGCCAAGUGACAUGUAUAUAGAUGAGACGAACGAAGUCGCAUUGCCACGAGAUGACCCUGGAGAGGAAGCUGUGCCAUGGGAAGAUAUAUAACAGCAAGCAACAAGUGUUUAUACAUUUCAAAGAGGAAGAAGUGGUUUCGAGUUAUACAUGAAGAUACCAUAUGACUAACAAUAUUGUUAUGCAUAGCCGUUGACCUAGACUCCUCUGAGAUGCUGCACUGGUUAGGAUGCCCUGUGAUUUAAUAAACAUGAAGUGAACAAA